AUGACUCAGCUACCCAUGUCUGCCAGCGACCCAGAUAACUACCCUUUGGCCGCCCGCUCACGGUUGGAGUUGGAUCUCAAAGUCCUGUGCGAAGACUACAAGUUCAUUGUCGUGGCCGAGCAGUCGGACGAGCUUUUCCAUGUCCGCCGCUUUGUGUUGCCGUGGAUGGGCCCCGACGGAACUCUAGUGGAUGAGGUCUGGUACAGCGGUAGAUUCCCAGAAGAUAGCAUACCCUACAAGACAGUUGGGUUUGACGUCCACAAGUACCACCCGCAUACCGGCUCGUUGAGCUACAUGGAUCGCACCCUCGAUGGACUGGCCUUCUUCAUUGGCCCCAACGACGGUUUUGCUCUCCAGGCGGCUCAUUAUCCCGGGCUCAAGCCCGACUCCAUCUACUACACUGAUACCAGGUGCAUGCCCGACUGGUCCGACCAACCAUAUGGAGGCCACGAUGUGGGCAUCUUCAGCUAUCGAGAUGAGACUAUCUGGCCCUGCUAUUAUUCAUGUGAUAUGAGCAAAGCAAUGAAGAUUGUGCCCGCACCUAAGUGGUUCACGCCCACCAAUCCUGUUUAA